CGUUUCCCGGCGCCGGGGCCCGCAUGGCGGCCGGAACUCGCCCGGCGGCCGGACCGCGGUCCAGAACUGCCAUGGCCCAGUGGAGGAAGAAGAAGGGGCUCCGCAAGCGCCGGGGCGCGGCCUCCCAGGCCCGCAGCAGCGACUCGGAGGACGGCGAGUUCGAGAUCCAGGCGGAAGAUGACACCCGGGCCCAGAAGAUGGGACCCAGCAGACCCCUACCCACCUUCCCCACCUCAGAAUGCACCUCGGACGUGGAGCCAGACACGCGGGAGAUGGUGCGAGCCCAGAACAAGAAGAAGAAAAAGUCGGGAGGCUUCCAGUCCAUGGGCCUGAGUUACCCGGUGUUCAGAGGCGUCAUGAAGAAAGGCUAUAAAGUGCCCACCCCCAUCCAGAGGAAGACCAUCCCAGUGAUCCUGGAUGGCAAGGACGUGGUGGCCAUGGCGCGGACAGGCAGUGGCAAGACGGCCUGCUUCCUCAUCCCCAUGUUUGAGCGGCUCAAGGCCCGCAGCGCCCAGACCGGGGCCCGCGCCCUCAUCCUCUCACCCACCCGAGAGCUGGCCCUGCAGACCAUGAAGUUCACCAAGGAGCUGGGCAAGUUCACCGGCCUCAAGACCGCCUUGAUCCUGGGCGGGGACAAAAUGGAAGACCAGUUUUCGGCCUUGCAUGAAAAUCCUGAUAUAAUCAUUGCUACCCCUGGACGCUUGAUGCACGUGGCUGUGGAGAUGAACCUGAAGCUGCAGAGUGUGGAGUACGUGGUAUUCGAUGAGGCCGACAGGCUCUUCGAAAUGGGGUUUGCAGAGCAGCUGCAGGAAAUCAUCAGCCGUCUUCCUGGGGGCCAACAGACGGUCCUGUUCUCCGCCACGCUGCCCAAAAUGCUGGUGGAGUUCGCCCGGGCCGGCCUCACAGAGCCCGUACUCAUCCGGCUGGACGUGGACGCCAAACUCAACGAGCAGCUUAAGACGGCCUUCUUUCUGGCGCGGGAGGACACCAAGGCCGCCGUGCUGCUCUACCUGCUGCGCAAUGUCGUGCGGCCCCAGGACCAGACGGUGGUGUUUGUGGCCACUAAGCACCACGCCGAGUACCUCAGUGAGCUCCUGACGGCCCAGCGGGUGAGCUGCGCCCACAUCUACAGUGCCCUGGACCAGACGGCCCGCAAGAUCAACCUCGCCAAGUUCACGCAUGGCAAGUGCUCUGCCCUCAUUGUGACGGACCUGGCAGCCCGGGGCCUGGACAUCCCGCUGCUGGACAACGUCAUCAACUACAGUUUCCCGGCCAAGGGCAAGCUGUUCCUGCACCGUGUAGGCCGUGUGGCCAGGGCUGGCCGAAGCGGCACUGCCUACUCCUUGGUGGCCCCAGACGAGGUCCCCUACCUACUGGACCUGCACCUGUUCCUAGGCCGUGCACUCACCCUCGCCUGCCCCAACAAGGAGCCCUUGGGUGCAGUCGGAGGGGACGGCGUGCUCGGCCGGGUCCCGCAGAGCGUGGUAGACGACGAGGACUGUGGCCUGCGGAGCACCCUGGAGGCGUCGCUGGAGCUGCGGGGCCUGGCGCGCGUGGCCGACAACGCGCAGCAGCAGUACGUGCGCUCGAGGCCGGCGCCCUCCCCCGAGUCCAUCGCGCGGGCCAAGGAGCUGGACCUUGCGGGGCUGGGCCUGCACCCGCUCUUCAGCUCACGCCUCGAGGAGAAGGAGCUGCAGCGACUGAGGCUGGUGGACGGCAUCAGGAACUACCGCUCGCGGGCGACCAUUUUUGAGAUCAACGCCUCCAGCCGGGACCUGAGCAGCCAGGUGAUGCGUGCGAAGCGGCAGAGGGACCGCAAGGCCAUCGCCAGCUUCCAGCAGGGGCGGCAAGGGCGACAGGAGGGCCCGGCCGGCCCAGCCCGGGGCCUCCCGGCACCGCAGGAGGAGCAGCGUGAGAAGGAGCAGGCGGCAGGAGAGGACGUGGAGGACGUCUUCGCGAAGGUCGUGGGCCGGAAGCGGCGACAGCCAGGACCUGACCAGGGAGCCAAGAGGCGGAGGGAGGGGCCCCGGCAGCAGGACCGGGACUGCUACGUCCCCUACCGGCCCAAGGACUUCGACAGCGAGCGGGGCCUGAGCAUUGGCGGGGAUGGAGGCGCCUUUGAGCAGCAAGUGGCCGGCGCCGUCCUGGACCUGAUGGGGGACGAGACCCAGAACCUGACCAGGGGCCGGCAGCAGCUCAAGUGGGACCGGAAGAAGAAGCGGUUUGUGGGACAGUCAGGACAGGAGGAUAAGAAGAAGAUCAAGACCGAAAGUGGCCGCUACAUCAGCAGCUCCUAUAAGCAGGACCUCUAUCAGAAGUGGAAAAAGAAACAAAAAAUCGAUGAUCGCGACUCGGAAGAGGAAGGGUCAUCCCACCGGCGAGGCCCAGAGGGCAGAGGUGGGAAGCGGGGCCGAGGUCAAGGUGCCUCCCGGCCCCGCACCCCGGGUGCCCCCGCAGGCCGUGUGCGCUCUGAGCUCAAGACGAAGCAGCAGAUCCUGAAGCAGCGACGCCACGCCCAGAAGAUGCGCUUCCUGCAGCGCGGAGGCCUCAAGCAGCUGUCCGCCCGCGGCCGGCGCCACGCUCAGGAGCUGCGGCAGGGCGCCUUCGGCAGGGGCGCCCACUCCAAGAAGGGCAAGAUGAGGAAGAGGCUGUGAAGGAGGUGACCCUGCCCCUCAGCCCCCCGCUUGGGCCAGGCGUGGACAUCAGCAAGUGUUCCCUGUAUACCGCUCCGUGCCUGUGCGGGGCAUUUGGGGAGCCUGCGGGAACCGUUGUCCAUGAGAAAGAAUCCGUACGGCACUCGGGGACAGCAGCUGCUCGUGCCUGAGACAGGGACGUUUGAGCAGGGUCGUGAAGGGUGCAUAGGAGCUGGCCAGCAAGGCCAGGCAGGCCGAGGCCUGAUUGGCAGCUCGCUUCUGCUGCUUCCCUGUGUUCUGGGUUCAGAGGUGGUGGCCACAGGGUCUGAGCCCUGAGUGCCUAAGGCCUAGUGAUGUAUUUUUGAUGUAAUAAACCUUUAUUGAGCACCUCUGGAGGACCAGGCGUGCAGUCCACUUGAGGAGUUGGAAGGGACAGACCCCGACAUUAAACCCCAGCUAGUGUGCCGGACGAGUGGAGAGCGUGUGGGCAGGUCCCGUCUGAUCCCACCAAGGAUCCCCUGAGGGUGGGUUCUGUUGGUGUUUCCAUUUGGCAAAUGAAGGAAAUGAGGCUGAGAGGAUGGGUCAGUGGCCUGAGGUCGGAGAGCCCCAAAGUUGGCAGUAGACUGGGGGAAGAAGAUGGGGUGCAGGCCCCGGGCGCAAAGGGUACAGCUGCCCCUCGCUGAGUAGUUAGCGCUGCCCCACCACACACCCAGAGGUCAGACCCUGUCCUGGCCUCUGUCCUACCCCAGGCCCUGUGCUCCUCAGCCCCUACUGGGCCCUUGGAAGGUCAGCUUUUGGCAGCUGGAUUCUCAGGCCAGCGGUCACCCAGCGCCAUGAUGGAGGAGGCUUUGCGAACCGGCACCUGGGUGUCUGCCCCUUGCUGGUCCCAUCGAUUUUACUGGACUUGACAAACACACAUCUAGAAUGUACCAGGAUUUGCACCAGGCCCCAUCGCAAGCACCUGACAACUCUCAGCUUGUUUAAUGCCCCCAACUCUCGAGGAAGGACCUGGUCCCACGCCACGUGGUGGACUCUGUUGGUUCCUCCACGCGGCGUACGUUUACUGAGCGCUUGCCGUGUGCCCCUCAUGUUGCCCCAGGGCAGUCUGAGUGGGCACGGCCCUCCCAUCGUCAUGUGAGAGCCACUCAGCCCGCACCCCAUCGGAAACGCAAGGGGUUCCUAGUCCCUUGAGGAGGCCCCCUCCCCUCCUGCUCACCUGAGUCGGUUAAGGGGCUGGGGCCUUGGUCUGGCCGGGGCCUUGGACUGGAGGGAGAGGCUGCGGGAGUCUGGCCAGCAUGGCAGAGAGGUCCAGCAUGAACAGCUUCACCUGGGGGUCCCCAACACAACCAAGGUCACAUCCUAGCCCCUGAGUGUCCAGUCCCCACCUCCAAUGCGCAGGAUGCUGCAAGGUAGGGGUGCGGGUGGAGACCCCAGUGGUGGUGGUUCCCAGGGACGGUGACCCAGCCUGACUGUUCUGGGUUUUUAAAGCCUUGGUCAGCUUCCCAAACGAUUUGUUACCAAUGCCUUCACAGUUUGCUAGCUGGCUGUCACCUGUAUUAUAAUUAAAGUCAUAUUUUCACUUA